AUGAGUAAUCUAUCAUUCCUUGAUCAACAAGAUAGAGAAGAUAUAAAAAGAAAUCGAAACAAUGUAUCAAAUAAAUUAGUAUUUAGUGUUGAGAAUAUAUGUCAAAAGAUUAGAGAAUUAUAUAUAAUUGCAAGUAAAGAUACAACAAAUAUCAAUGGAUUGGAAGUAGAAGCACGUAUUGGGUUGAUGGUACAGGACCCGAAAACAUUUAGAUCGGGUAUUAUCAUUGAAGAUUGGGCAGCAUUGGCAAGACGACUUGCGAGAAAGUAUGGAGAAGGUAGAGAGACGACAGAGACUGACUAUUUGUAUACACAGCAUCGUGUCACUGUCGAUGUAAACGGUCAAGUCAUUAAAAGCGAAGCAAAGAUUGACAAGACUGCCUUUGAUCAAUCGACAAGUCUCAUCUAUGACGUUCGUGUAUCAACAUCGAUCGAACGACAACUUGGACAAUUGCCAUUGGUACCACCACCCGAAUCAAGUUCACAAAGAACCAAGUUUAGACAUACUUUUAUCGAUGUUGACAACCCUCAAUGGAAAAUCGACAUGACACUUGUCAGAACCAAUACUGGUGAAGAAACUUAUGAAGUUGAAUUGGAAAUAUUUAAUACUUAUAUUAUUGACGCUCUUGAAAAAAAUACUCUACAUAAUUUAAUUUCAAAAUUUAUUAAUGAAACAAAAAAUAUAAUAACAAUGAUUCAACCAGGGAGAUUAUCAUUUCCUGAUAUUCAAAUGACAAAACUUGAAGAUCCAAGAUUUGUUGAUGUUUUAAAACAAAAAGUACUUGGGUAUAUACCAGAUUGUAAUCCAAAUAGAACAAGAGAAUUUCCAGGAGCAAUGCCAAUUAAUUUUGGUAAAAAACAUUUUCCAACCAUUCAAAGAGAUAUGUAUUAUGUUUCUGAAAAAACAGAUGGUAUUAGAUAUAUGAUAUUAAUUUAUAAAGGUGUCAUGUAUAUGAUUGAUAGAAAAUUUGAUUUUUUUAAAAUCGAUGGUAAUGAUGAAUUAUGUAAAGUAUUACAUGAUGAUACAUUAUUGGAUGGAGAAAUGAUUAGACAUUUAGAAUCAAAAGAACCAAUGUAUUUUAUUUUUGAUAUUUUGGCAAGAGAAAACACGAAAUUUGGAGAUAAACUUUUUCAAGAGAGAAUGCAACAUAUUGGUAAAGUUGUAGGUGACUAUAGACAAAGCGUAGGGUCAGGAGAAUUGGGUAAAACUCCUUUUAUCCUCAUUGCCAAAAGCUUUUUUGAAAAGAAACAUAUUUCAAAAAUCUUUUCAAGUAUUAAAACAAAUAAAAAUGGAGAAAGAAUAUUUUCAGAUCAAAAAAGAAAUCAUCAAACAGAUGGACUUAUUUUAACACCAAACAACGCAUACAAAGCAUAUGCAGAUCAAAGUCUGUUUAAAUGGAAAUAUUUGGAUUUGUGGACAAUUGAUUUCAAGGUGGCUCAAAACAGUGAUAGGAAAUGGUUUCUUCAUUGUGCGGGUCCCAAUAAUACCGAUAUUCCUUGCAAGGAAUUAAUGUUGUCAACUGAAGACUUUGCACUACUAAGCACCGAUUAUAAGAGAUCACGUGAUCAGGGUUGCUUUAUUGCCGAGUUUUCAUUUGAAUUUUCAAAGGGAAUUUGGAAGUAUCAUUUGGUGAGACCAGACAAGAAACGUGCCAAUUAUAUCACUGUUUUUGUUGAUACUAUGGAAUCUAUUUGUGAAGGAAUCACCAAAGAAGAGUUGGAAUACAGAUUCUUGUGUGCUGGUGGUCAUGACAAUUGGGAUGUUGAAGUAGAAAAAAUGCGUCACCAUAUUGCUUCAACUCUUACCAAUAAACUUAAACAACAACAACAACAACAACACCAACAACAAAAAAUUCAACAACCUCAACAUCAUAGUCAACAUCAUGGUCAACAUCAACAACAUCAACAACAUCAACAACAAGAUGAUAUUUUUGGUGGAGGUAGUUCAUCCAAUCACAAUUAUGAUCCUCAUGGUCAAAGAUAA